AUGGAGACGGUCGAAUCUCUUGUCGACCGUGCGAAACACCUCGUCCUCCACGAUGCACCAAACCCACAUUCUUACACCGUGGACCAAUUCCACCCGACUGUGGAAAAGUAUAUCGAGCAGAUCUACAAAUCUGUUCAUGCAUAUGCUCCGAAUACAACCUAUUUCCUGAAUGAGAUUCAACAUGAUGCUGCCAUCGUGUCUAAGGCGGACGCUUUGGCGUCUGUGGAUGCGUUCCACGCUUACAUGAAAGAUGCCAACUCAUCGGCCAUGGUUCCGGAAGAAGCACUGGAUCUUUCGGCGCCUCUUUCGGACUACUUCAUUUCGUCGAGCCACAAUACUUAUUUAACUGGGAACCAGCUGUACAGUGAUGCUGCUGCUAGUGCCUAUACAUCUGUGCUUCUCCGCGGCUGCAGGUCUGUGGAGAUUGAUGUUUGGGAUGGAGAGCUGGACACUCCAAGCACGAGCGACGGCGAAACAAGCAGCGACAGCAGUGAUCCAGAGGCAGAAGAUGGCCAAGGUCUUAGAAGCAAGCUGAGAGGGAAGAUGAGGUCGAAGAAGGAUGGCAAGGAAAAGGCAGCCAAAGGACCGAAAGAAAGUGUCUCUUCCAAGCUGGAAGCAAAAUUCGACGACGUGCUGCGUCGCAAAUCUUCCAAAUCGCCCCAGCAACAGUCGGAAGAAGUAGCGACUAGCCACUUGCCUGUUCAGCCUGAGCCCCGUGUGCUGCAUGGACAUACCCUCACUAAAGGCACCACGUUCCGUGAGAUCUGCUAUGCGAUACGUGAGAGUGCCUUUGUUGCCAGUGAUCUUCCGCUGGUCAUCAGUCUUGAAGUUCACGCCUCUCUCGAGCAGCAGCAGACGAUGGUUGAUAUCAUGCAAGAGGCAUGGAAAGGAUUGUUGGUCGAGGCUCCGUCGGAUGACGCGAAGCUUCCACCGCUGCUUGAUCUGAGGAAGAAGAUCCUUAUCAAGAGCAAAUGCGGCCCACUCGGUGGCCAGAAUCUCGAAGACGAGCCUCUGACGCCACAGAAUACCCUUCAGACAACCUCGAGCCAGCAGCAGCAGCCGCCGCCGAAGCCAUCAAAGAUUCUAGACGCUCUAGCUAACAUGGCCGUUUAUACCCGGGGGUAUACUUUCAGUCAUUUCGACCAACCAGAGGCGAAGGUCCCCUCGCACAUCUUCUCGCUUUCCGAGAAAGCAGCGCGGGAAGCCCACAUCAACCACCCUGACGCUUUGUUCGAACACAACCGCAGAUCCCUGAUGCGAAUCUAUCCAUACGCAUUCCGCAUCAACUCGUCCAACCUCGACCCGACAUUCUACUGGCGACGCGGCGCCCAGAUCGUAGCAUUGAACUGGCAGAACCUCGAUAAAGGCAUGAUGCUCAACCACGGAAUGUUCGUCGGCAGCCACGGCUGGCGACUGAAGCCAUCCGGCUACAGAAGCAGCACCGCCCCGACGAACGUUCUCCAGCGCCGCAGCAUGACCCUCUCAAUUGAGGUCUACGCGGCGCAAGAUCUGUCCCUGCCAGAAGGCGACACCAGCGAGAAGGGCUUCAAGCCCUACGUUAACUGCCAGCUGCAUGUUGAGGAAGCAGGAAACGAGGACAUUCCGGCUCCGGACGACGCCAGCUCCGACGAUGAUAAAAGCAGCUACCGGCGGUGCACGAAGAGUUCUUCGGGGCGGAAUCCUGACUUCAAGGGACAGAAGUUGGAGUUCCCGACCGUGACGGGAAUAAUUGAGGAAUUGAGUUUCUUACGAUUCAAGAUCAAAAACGAUGAAUUCGGUCGGGAUCCCUUGGCCGCAUGGGCUUGCAUCCGACUUGACCGGCUGCGGGAGGGUUAUCGGUUCGUUCACCUCCACGACUGCACUGGCGAGAAGACUGGCGGUCUCCUUCUGGUGAAUAUCAAGAAGCAGUUGGUUUAG